UUAAAUGUUUUUUCUUUAUUUCAGGAAAACGCAUCCAUUGUUGAUGAAGUUUGCAUUUUACAAAAAGAGCUUUCUGCUGCGCGAUCAGAAAGACUGGCUCUAAUAGAGAGACUUAUGUUCUAUGAAGGACUUGAAAAAGCUGCCGUUGGACAAGAUCAAUGCUUAAAUGAUGCUCGAAUUCAAGAGCAGUCGAGUAAACGACUUGAAGAAAAGCAUACUGAUCUGAUUAAUAACAGAUGCGAAAACAUAUAUUAUGAAAUACCAACAUUACGUCAGAAAACGUUUCCUUUAAAAUUAAAUAACAUUUUGGUACACUCAAUUGGUGAAAUAAUUCCAGCAAAUCCAAACUUCCAUACGGCACAUUGGAUAUACCCAGUUGGAUAUGUAGCAACAAGAAUAUAUGCACAUCCACGAGAUCCGCGAAAAAAGUGUGUAUUUACAUGUAAAAUACUUAACAAUGCUGGAGUUCCUCAAUUCCAAUUAAUUCCUGAUAAUGAUUUAGAUGGAGUGUUUUUUGGAGAAACAGCUAACCAAUGUCAUCAAGAACUGCUUAAUUGUAUACAGGAGUUUACGCAUGAAUCUUUAAAAGAUGAUUUUAAGACAAAGGGCGAAGUGUUUUUUGGCCUAUCGAAUCAAAAAGUACAAUUUCUUUUGAUGUCAGAUGUAAGAAUUAAACAAUGUACUAAAUUUAAAGGAUAUAUAUGGAGUGGUGAAAGAGAGCAGCGUGAAAAUAACGAUCCAACAUUAUCCUUUGCUGACCUUCAAAACUAUCUUAGCUAAUUGUUAUAUAUAUAUAUAA